AUAUUUCCUUAUAUCCGGACGAACGAGAGUCAUGUCUGAUAGGCCUAUUCAAUUACUCUGAUUAUUAUAGGCUAUUGUUGCCACAUGAUGAUCCAGCACUAUGGCUCCUUGUUACACAUAGGCAUGUAAAAAAACGCCAAUGCGUUAAAACGCCUUCCUAACUAAGAACAGUGGUGUCGUGAAACUAGAUUUACUUUCCUGAGACUUCAGACACUAUACCCAUUUGACGCGAUACUACAAAUCAAUUGGAUUAAAUUCACCUUCAUUACUUAUUAACCGCCCGAGAGAGGAUGGUGGCAUCAACUAUCAUUCUCUGCAGUCUUUGCCAAAAUACUUUCUAUUAUUUAUCAGGUGGGAAAGUGAUACUAGACGAUGACGAUUCCUUUUCCAUGGCCUAAAUUGGAACAAACCGGUCUAUAUGCAGAAGUUGUGGAACAUGCAGGCUAUGAUUCCAUAGCCAUAUUUCCUGCACAUAAUAAGAAUAUUUAUUAUUAUUGUUGCAUGUAAUUUACAUAAUUGCUUUUCAGAGUUAAAUUUUAGUGCAUUUUUAUCUGUGCUAUUUUUAUUUAGCCUAGGCCUAAUCACUUCAUAUCCUAUAUAUGCGAACAAAGGGCAACAGAAAAACGUCACUCACGGAAAUGAGAAGAGACUGCUUCUUAUUCCUUGCCAGUUACACGCAGAGAAGGGGCUCUGAGCGUAAUGAUGUGCGGCGAUGCGCGAAAUAAUUUCGCUCUCGUAUGAUUCCACCUUAACUUAUCGGCUUUCAUUGUCAUUAGCGGUCACUUAAAUAUAUUAGGCCUGGUGUUCAUUCAGCAGUGCCUGUUAUUAUUUUCCUUACCUUCCAGGCGCAGCAGGCCUUUAUUUGUUCAUAGCGAACCGGGAUUGCAGCUUUGCGUGGACCCAGAUGCCUCCACUCCCCCUUGACGAGCGAAUAGUGGUUAUUCAGCACCAUAAAAACGUGGCUGUACGUGGGUCCUCCCCACAGACCUCCCCACAGCCCAACUCCCAUAUAACACCUGCACGCCACAAACCCCUCUCCCACCCUUCUCACCCCUGCCCCCCACAGCCCCCACCCAGUCCUCCCUGGUCCAACUCACUGUCUUUGGAAUGCAAGCGCAGAUCAUCAACCCGUCUUCAGAAAACCAAGGGCGACAAGGCCAUCGUCUCAGAGGGUGUCAGACACACCCCUAGCCACUGUCACAGCAACGGGACAGUGACUCUAGGCCCUAGACCGCACCAACACACACACACAAUCGACAUCCAUUUAUCGGUGAACAAAGGAACAAAAGGAGGAGGGCACAGCAACUCUUUAGGUCGCAGUGGGAGUGUAAAGGGGAGCAAAAAAAGGGUCUCCUUGCGCUUGGAUCCAGGGUACGGGGACAGACGAGCUGGGGGAACAUCGGGGAAGCUGGGUGGAGCAGUGCAGCAACUCCAGAACCACCCACAGAACCAGAGUGAGUACUUGCACAGCAGUCACCAUCAGAAUCAUCUGGCUGUGUCUCCGGGAGGAGUCCUAGAAUUUGUCCCGGCCCAGAGACAGCAAUUCAAAAGAGACAAGAAGCAGGACUUGCCCUUGGAGUUCUACCCUGGUAGCUUUUCCCCCAGAGGUUCUCGGCAAGUGCGCUGCGUGGGCAACAAAGAGAACUCCAAACUGGGACCUGUCCAUCAAAACCCCAAUCCCCACAGCCUGUCCCGCCACCACAACUCUGUCCCUGUGCCCCAUGCCUCUGUCCUAAACUCCCACUGCCCUCCUUCCCCUCCAUCCCAACACCCCUGCGCUCCUACCUCGUUCCAGCAGCCCCACAACCAGCCCCAUCCUCCCCGCGGCAGGGACCAUCGUCCUCAGCUCCUCCACGGCCUACCCCUCUCCCCCUGUUCCUCCCGUGGAGGUUUCCCCAGCCCAGACCACACCUGUACCAUUGACUUCUCCCAUCCCUUCAGCUGUGGCUGCUGGAAGCUGGUCCGCUGCAGGGGGAGCGGGGGCCGUCCUGCUGGCUGCCAGGCGGGUGGCGGAAGUCCGUCUUCGUCGUUCUCCUGCGCUCACGGCCACAGGGUCGGAGAGGUGAACCACAGGGGGGGCGCAGCAAUGGGAUUGAGAACUCUUGGGGGAUGUUUGUCCGCAGCCUCCACCACCAACACGUCAUCCUCAAACAGCACUGUGUCGGACUGCCGGACGGGCUUGCUCAGACCGCUGCGUUGUGCCUCCUGCUCUGGGGAGGCUGGCGCUUUUGAGAGUCCGGCCGAAUUCCGCAAAAAGCUGGUGGGGGGAUGCCUGCCAUGCACGCCAAUAUCCUCCUCGGCCCCGCUGCGAGCAUUACAGAGUUGUGUGAGUGGCUGCAACCCUAAAGCCAGUCAGGCUGGGAGUUCUACCUGCAGCUAUUGUAGCAGUGACCCCAUCGUGGUGACCUUCAACCCCCGCCGGGGUGGCAAGCCCCCUGGGAUAGGCAGGGGCAUUGGGGCAGGGCACACCAUGGGGGCAUUUCCUGCCGAUGACGAUGAUUACAGUGUGCGCACAAUCUGGCCCGAGGAGCUGGCGAAAAAGAUGACCAGGUCUAAAACACAACAGAACCACCAGAGCUGUGCCGGGAUGGGAAUGGGAGUGGGGAAGACAUGUGCAGGUCAGAACCAGAACAGCAGCAAUGGCACCAGUCCGGUCACUCUCGACUGUAGGAACCUUUUGGAGUUCACCAGGAAUCAGAUUACUGACCAUGCCGGCCGACGCCGGCUUCAGCAGGGCAAGAUGGCCGUCCUAGAUUUUAUUGGGUCUGGGCCUGGGCGAGAUCCGGGUCGGGACUCUCUAAAGAGGCUCUGGAACAAAAGUGGGGAGACAGGGAUGGUGGAUGGCCUGGGUCAAGAAGAUGAUAUGACAUACCCUCACACACCGUCCCCCCGCACCCCCUCCCCCCAAACACCUUCAUCCUUCUCACCGCCACCGUCAGCUCCGAGCACUCUCCUCAAACCCAAGCCCAGACAGAGAGAUUCAGAGGGACGCCAUUCCCUCCCAUCCGCCCAGUCUCUCCACCUGGUCCUAAACUCACUGAACAGAGAUCAGGACGAGGACAACAGCAGAGUGCACCUCUCUCUGCCACUCUCCUCCUCGCUCCCGGCUUCCCUGUCAGAUGAGAGUGGGAUGACCCCUGAUGUGGAGAAUGCAGUGAUCAGCCCCAUCCUGCCCUUCCUCUUCCUGGGCAAUGAGAGGGAUGCCCAAGACUUGGACCUUCUGCUGCGCCUCAACAUCGGCUAUGUGGUCAACGUCACCACACACUUGCCCCUCUAUCACCUUGGCUCUGGCCUGGUGCGCUACAAACGUCUGCCGGCUACUGACAACAGCAAGCAGAACCUACGACAGUACUUUGAGGAGGUGUUUGAGUUCAUUGAGGAAGCUCACCAGAGUGGGCGAGGAGUGUUGGUUCACUGUCAAGCGGGCGUAUCCCGCUCUGCAACCAUCGUCAUCGCCUACCUGAUGAAGCACACCCUCAUGACCAUGACGGAUGCCUAUAAGUACGUGCGGGGCCGUCGUCCGGUGGUGUCUCCCAACCUCAACUUCAUGGGUCAGCUGCUGGAGUUUGAGAGGGACCUCAACUCUGGGGUCACUCCUCGCAUUCUGACCCCGAAACUCAGCGGCUUAGAGACCCAGGUCUGAGAACUGGAGACGGGGGUAUCGGGAAAAGAGGCAAACCAGCAUUGGUACAGCCAUAGUUUUGUGAUGAAGAAAAGAAAGGUAGAUCAUGAGGGGAAUGCUGAUUGACAGAGAGACCUUAUUGGCAUGAAGAUUAUUUUUUUUUAAUAGUGCUCUUUCUUUAGUUUAUUGAAGAAGUAAUUUGAUUGGUUCAUUUAUAUAUAUAUAUAUAUAUAUAUAUAUAUAUAUAUUGUCCAAUAUCUGGCAUCCAAUACCAUAUGUAAUUACAUGCCAGGUUUUAUUAAACAACUGGAUGUCAUAAUUUCCUUGAUUCACAGCAGUCAAAUAUCUAAUUUGAUGCUUGUAUAGUUAUAAACUUCCUAGAACUUUCCAAGAACUCCCUGGUUUUCUCACAAAAUGUGGUUGAAGGUUUCCCGGAAUCUGAAGGAAAUAAACUAGAAAUAUAUAUCCGACCAGGAUCACUGGAGAAUCAGGGAAUAUAUUGAAAGUUCCCGGAACUAUAUAAUUAUGUUAAAUUGCAUAAGUUAAGGAAAUCCGCUGAGUCCAGGUUUGACACAAGGCUGUCAUUUACAAAAUCAAUAAGGCAUGCUGGACCAGGAAAAACAACUAUAGUGGCACCCCACCAUUCAGCUAGGGCAACGCCACUAUACAUAGCUCUAUAGAUCAAUGCACUUUACCCAUUUAUCAAUAUGUUUUGUCAUUUCAACGAUUGCCUCUCAACUGCAGUGACAUGAGUCCCAGAGGAUAGCUGAUCAUGCCAUAUUGUUGGAUUUUAAAAAAGAUCCUGAAUUGCAAAUGUAAUCUUUUUUUAGCUCUGUUUGGGAGCUCUGUAAUAGGGAAGUGUAUGGCUGGUGGCUGAGUUUAAUUGUGCCAAUUCUUAGAAAAAUGGGUUAAAUCAGAAACAUACGAGACUGUGGAUGAUACCAGAGCUUGUGUCAAUAAAGGGAUGGUAAGGAGCAACAAUAAACUGACAACACUGAAAUGAUUCAGCAGACUGUUACUGAACAGGACUCAACCAUCCUCGUUGAAUUCUCAACUGAUAAUGGUUUGAAAAUAUAAAAAAGUUUUUUUUACUUAAAGAAGACACAAAACAGCACCAAUAUGUUUUUCUUUGAGUGCCCUACUUGUUUGUGGGAUAUUUCUUCUGUACAUGUUUACUAUUGCGUAGAAACAAGUGCAUAGUAUUUUAAUUUAGUUGUGUUUUGUAAUUUGUUUUGCAUUGUUGAUGUCACCAAUUCCCCUUCAACUUAAAUAACAUCCAUUCUACACGUGUGUGGUCAAAUGUAACAUGAUUCCCGAGAAAGGCAUCUAGGAAAAAUAGGAAAUAUAGAAAAAACUUUGAUUGUUUCUUGUAAUUGUGACAUACUUAAGAAAGGCUGCAGAGAGACAAUCAUUCUCAACUUGUCUCAUUUCAUCUCUAGAUAAGUAUUGCAAAAAUAACAAAACGGUUUCAUUUUUUAGACUAGUUCAAUUAUUUAUAUUGUUUAUUUUAUUAAAUCCAGUAACUGCCGAACCAGGGACUACCAAGUCACUAGCCAAACCAUUUGGUUGUAUAUGAAAAUGUAAUGUAACAAUAACUUAGCCCAGUCCUAUAUCUACAUUAUCUGCCUUGUCAGUAUUCCUGUUUAUCUGCUCUUGUGUUUUCAUCCACCCAUCAAUCCUGGUGUUCACUUAAAGGUGCAGUCCACAAUGUAUGUCCACUGGUUAUAAAAGUGGCGCUGUUGAGCCAAAAGGUGUCCCCUAAAAGUGUGUCCUACGUAAUGCAUGUGCCAAUUCGUGCCCCAUGUCAUCAUAACUCGCUUCCAAACUUGGUAUUUCAUGGCUAACUGAGUUGAUUGGGAUUCUGCUUAUUAAUUAUGCACAUAUAAACAACAUAUUACACAUGCUGCCCAAAACGGGUGGUUAAAAUGUUUUUUGUUUAUCGCACAGGUCCCAGACUGCAUCUUUAAUUUGUUCUUCCUGGUCGGUAAAUUCCUUCAAGCUGUACCAUGGUACUCUGUUCCAUGUCAUGCCAUGCUCAGGUAAUAGAAAGGGGCAGUCAUUUGUAUACUUUAAAUAAUCCAACUCUUAUCUUUUGAAGUCACCCUCUUAUCCCUUCUUUUGCUCUCGAGUGUCUGCUUUUUGUAUGUCUGUCUCUAUAGACUUUUAAUAUCUUUUACUACAAUACUAUGCAUUAUUCUUUUAUAAAUAUUGAUUAGAACCGUGGAAACGAUAACAAAGCUUUAUCAUUGAGUUCACUGUGAAUCUCACUCUUCCUGCAUAUUGUUUAGUUCUCAGCCUUGGUCCUAAAGGUUAGACCCAUUCAACUGUAUUUAACACUGAGGGUCGUCAGUCGCCCUGAGCUCCUGUCUAUCAGACUGUGCCUUUGUUCCUUUUCACUGGUUUAACAUUUUCAUGACACAACUGAUUUGGUGAUGCCCAACAAAAUAUGAUCUCUUACAGUCCUUUUAUGCCUCUGUGGAUGUAGAUUAAUGAGUGCUAAAUGCACACAAAACAUUUUCUGAGUGUCGAUGAUUUGACCCUAUAAAAUAUGCUCUAAUUUAAUCAUUUGACCCAAUAGAAGUUGCUGUCAUUUAAUAAUCUCACCCGAUAGGUGCUUUAUUUGAUCAUUACCCCCAAUAGAAGGUGAUUUUAAUUUGAUUCAAGUGCAGUGAAGCCUUAUUUAUUCCGAAUCUCAUACCACAGAGUUCAGUUUGAUGGAGGAGUUCUGGGAUUGGCUAGACAAAGCCUAACCCAUGGGUGGGUGUUGCUGCUGUAAACAAAUAACAGAACAACAAUAUGUGUAUUGAAAACUUGAACUUUUUUACUAAUAUGGAUUUCCUAUAAGUGUUCACAGAAUUAAGAAGCUCACUUUUAAUCAUCCUAUGCCAUAGCCUAAGUGUUUUGCUGUAAAGGCAUAUUUCCCCCAACUAAUUUUGGUUGAAAACUGCCAGUAGCUAUUUUUCCAGAUUUAUAAACACAUUUGGUAUAAAAUGCAAGAAAUCUGAAAACCAAGAAUGCCUUUGGUUAAACUGUGUAUAGUUUGGUCUUCCGAAGUAAUUUAGCAUCUAUUCAUAUUAAAUUUGCAGUUGGUCUAGUUAGAUCUCUUGGUACUUACUUGAUUCUGGGAUUUUUUUCUUCUCCUGCCUACUAUGUAAUUAUGCAUUGAUCUAUAUUUUUCUACAUUUAUGUUUGUUUAUGGUGAACACAUAUUUUAAUUUGGAUCUCAGUUUUGUGUGAAUAAAUGUUUCAUCAGUGCUUCUUCCAAUCAUCUCUACCGGGUAUUUCUGAAACGAUGACGUCCAGUGUUCAUUCUUGCUUUGUAUUGUUCAACUGUUCGUCAGAUCAGACCUCACUAAAAGUGGGCUGUGUAAAUGCGCCAUACUCCACAAUUACCUCCACUAUUAGGUCAUCUUCCUGCUGUUCUUUUCAGUGUGAUCUGAAUUGAAUAUUUCUAAUGGGAUCUAUUGGGAAUAAGCCUUGUUAAAAUAUUUCAGGGCUAUUGCAAAACAGAUGUAAAAAGUUACAUUUAAUUCAACUUAAAAAUUACCAGGUUGUAUCUACAAAGGUCUUUUGACCUCAGAAGCCUCCCUGAGGAACAAUAUUUAGAUCAUACAUUAUAUUUAGAAAAGAUAAGCAAACUGUAUAGACAAUUUAAUCUUUGAUUUCUUCUUGAACAUUUCCUGUAGAAGGGAUCAGUGUGAUUACAGAACUUCUCAUGUGAUGAGUAAAUAAUCUUCCAUUUGUAGUUUGCACACGAAAAGAAACAAUAACAAUUUAAGCAAAAUGUUUUUUUAUGAUUUAUUUGGAAUUUGUUGUAAAUCGGUGAAUUUAUUAUUUGUGUAAAUUGAAAUCUAUUCAUGUAUGUAUUUAUGGCUUGUUUUCUAUUGUACUCUAAUUUCCUGUGCCAAAUAUUAAAAUCAAGAAUUAUUCUGAUAAUGGUCUGAAAAUGGACACAUUACAACUUAGAGACAUCCUAGUUUGGAACUGUCCGUAAGCAAAACUAUCAUCAGAAAUGUUGUAGUGUUCUUGUCCUGUUGCUCUGCUAGCUGGGAGAUCAAAAGGUCUGUUCCACUAGCCUCUGAUGGCUCAGUGCUGUAACCCAGUCACUUUUUCAACCCACUGAACAAUUGAUUAAUUGGUUGAAUAAGAAAGAAAAUAUUAUCUUCAUACUGUAGUUAUUGGGUCCCCUUCCUGGUAUGCACAGUGUUAUCUGUCCGUAACUUUUAUCAGUGAUUCUUUGUAUGGACUGCACUAUGUUUAUUAUGAUGCUGCUACGCUAGACAGGCAUGAUCAGAGCGUCACAUACAGCUGAUGCAAGGACAACAGAUCCGAACUGGACAUGCAUGUUCGGAACUGCUUUUGUUUUUUUCUCUGAUAAAUCCAAAUGACAGUGUACAUGCUGUCUGCCACGGUGUUUUAGGCUGGAUGUGUUCAUCUAUAUCACCAUGACCGUGUGCAAAGGAAUACAAACUAUUUGGUUUUCAUUGAGUUCAUCUUUGAUGAUACAGGGGAAGGAUAUUUAUGUUUGAUUACAUUCUAAAUAUUAUAACCACUUCUGUCCUACUCCUUACUGUGAUAAAGAAACUGUGAUAUUGCUGUUCAGCAACACUAAUAAUCAGUGAUAUUAAUACCAACGAUAUUAAAUAAUAGUUGAUUACAAUAUUGUAUGUUAUGAGUAUGUUCAACCCAUUGUACAUAAAGGACUGGCUGAGUGAAAGGGAAAGGAUACAAAUUCUGUUCCUGUGAUCACACACAAAGACGUGCAGGACUAAAACAGGUGGCUGGAAUACGACAUCCGUCAUCCACUGUGUAAUCUAACUGGUCAAUAUGAGAAACCAGAACUGUUUAUUGGAAUAAAUUUUUUACAUCAAA